GGUCACAUCCUGUCGAUCUGAGGAAGUCACAAAGGCAGACUCAUCAGUUGAAACACUGCAGUUAAGUCUUUAGAGUUGGACGUUAAACACAUUAGCUGGGAUUAAAAAAAGGAGAAAAAAAAAUUAAACAAGAUCUAAACAGAAAGUAAGGCAAUGCUUCAAAGGGCAGCUUCAAAUGUCUCAGACAAACCUAAAAACCUCAAGCCAAAGCGAUCCACCAGUUUCGGAAAGUUUGACAGCUUCAGACAUCACCACUCACCGACCAGGCUUGAGGAAAAUGGAACAACUGUGGCAGAGGGUGAGUCAGGGACAGAGAACAGUGACAAGCACAGUGGCUUGGGGAAGAAGAUGAAGGCCAUCUCCCUGACUAUGCGCAUAAGGAUGGGCAAAAAACAGGGCAAAUCCUUCUCCGAAGACAUGGGUGAUGACACAGACAGAGAAGCAGAGGGGGAAGCAGACGGCAGCUCUCCGGCAGCCAAAGCCUCGCACAGAACCAGCAACUCAUUAGAAAGCCUCCACAGUGGACAGAGCUCUUCCAGUGGAGUGACCAGCAGUUCAGACGUGUCCAGUAACAGAGACAGCCUGAGGCUGGAGGAGGAGGUGCCAUUCACAGGCCAGUUCUGUGGGCGAGCCAGAGUGCAUACAGACUUUGUGCCGAGUCCAUAUGACACAGACUCCCUCAAACUCAAGGUUGGGGACAUUAUCAACAUCAUUAGCAAACCCCCCAUGGGAAUAUGGACCGGGAUGCUGAACAAUAAAGUUGGAAAUUUCAAGUUUAUCUAUGUGGAUGUACUAGCUGAGAAAGGCUCCGAGGAGGCUCCAAAGAUUAGGCCUCAGAGACUGUCAAAGAGACCCCGACCCAAGACUCUGCUGGAGUUACUGGAGAGGCUGCAUUUGGAGGAAUACGCUUCCACGCUGCUCCUGAAUGGCUACCAGACGGUGGACGACCUAAAGCACUUGCAAGAGAAGCAUUUGAUUGAACUGAAUGUGUCUGAUCCGGAGCACAGGCGCAAGCUACUGGCUGCUUCAGAAGUCAUCUACGACAUGACCAGAGACGACCUGGUGGAGAUGAAGGGCGAAGAGGAGGACGAGGAGGGUAACGACUGUCCUAGAGACUCAGGUUGCUUCAUCCCAGCAGAGUGCGCAGACACUGGCAGAGAGGACACAGAAAAUCACUCGCCCGCUGUCUAACAUCUGCUUCCUGUGAAACAUGUCGCAAUGAGUAUUGAGCAACACAGACCUACUUAGUCUGCAAAGCUCAAUUAGCCAAUAUCAGCAAAUGUUUAUUAUUAUCAAUAGCACCUAGUUGUAUGCAUAGAACUAUAAAUCUAUAGUUCAUAAUUUCAGGAUAUCUGCUGUCUUACAUAUUUAUACUUCUUUCUUCCAUUCUGUGGAACGAUGUGUUGUGUUUUACUACAUUCCUACUGUGUGUAUAUAAAUGCCUCCUUAUCUAAGAUUUAAUAAAUUAUUUAUGUA